AUGCCCUCCGCUGCCGACGCCCAGGCUGCUCUGGAGUCGGCGCCCGCGCCCGAGCUGCCGGCAGGAUGCGAGCCUUAUAUUGUCUUUAGGCAAGAAGUCGAGCUUGAGGUCGACUUCCGGAACCGCAGCGUCAGCGGCGUCUCUACGAUUCAUCUGUUCCUUCCAGAUAAAGAGCUCGAGGAGAUCUCGUUUGACGCGCGACAAUGCGACAUCGAUCUGGACAAGGUGACGGUGGAUGGGAGGAAAGUGAAGGCAUCUUUCUCCGAUCCCUAUGAUCUCAUGGGGAUUCCGCAACACUGGCAACUUGGUGUUCACCAAAAUCAUGUCAUGAUGAAUCGCAUGCGGCCGCUAAGGCCCCACAAGCGACCCGAGGUGCCCAUUCUCCAGAAGGAAGACUUGAUAUGCAGCAUCCCUGCCGACAGGUCACUGAAGGUAGCUCUACGGCCCGAUGACCUCAUUGAGGACGAGGCUCGGCGUAUGGUAAAGAUCAAGUCCAUCAAGGGCAACAAGAAUGGAGCAGCCGACAACUCGGAGCCCGACGGCGACAAGAACGGGGUCAAGAUUUGCAUACCAUUCCGCUCCAAGCACAUUCGGGACGGGCUGCACUUUGUGGGCGUUAGCGAGGGGGACACAAGGUACCCGCACGUGUACACGCGCCAUUCUCUCGAGCCUGGAACGGCAUCCUGCAUAUUCCCUUGCGUCGACGAUCCGGGAUCCAGGAACCCCUGGAAGAUUUCCAUAAAGUGCCCCAGGACCCUCGGUGACGUCUUCAACCAGCCUCUCGCCACACAGCCCGCGGCGGCGCCUCUUUCUUUGAACGAGAGCCGGAAGAGGAAGGCCGGAGAUGCCUAUCCGUCUUCACCACCCCGUCCUUCGCUUGAAGAAGAGGACAAGCUUAGAGAGAUGACGGUCGUCUGCUCCGGCAAUCUCGCCGGCGAACAGAUAGACCCGCAAAACGACAGAAAGAAGAUUAUGACCUUUGAAUGCCAACCUGCGGCCGCCCAGCACAUCGGCUUUGCCGUGGGUCCCUUUGAGCAUGUUGAUCUCUGGGCCGACUGCCGGACGGAGGAAGCGGACGAGAGACUUGGGGCCAAUGCGGCUAAAAUCCAUGCGUACUGUCUUCCGGGCCGUGACGAGGAGGUUCGGUACACCUGCGCCCCCAUCGUGGCCGCCGCCGAUUCGUUCGCGCCCGAGUUCGGAAAGUACCCCUUUGAAAGCUACAAGGUGUGCUUUGUGGAAGACAUGGUCUCAGACACGGCGGCAGCUGCGUCAUUGUCGCUUUGCAGCACUAGGCUGCUCUAUCCCGAUGACAUAAUCGAUCACGAAAUCGAGGUCACGAGAAACCUUGUCCACGCCUUGGCCAGCCAGUACUUUGGCGUCCAUAUCGUGCCAAAUCAGCGGUCUGAUACCUGGCUCAUCGUUGGAAUCCAGUGGUUCAUGACAGAUCUCUUCAUGAAGAGUCUGUGCGGCAACAACUGGUACAGGUUCCACCUGAAGACCAUGGCGGACAAGCUUAUUGCGGCUGAUGUCAACCGGCCUUCGCUCCACGACCUUGGCCAGUAUCUUCACAUUGGGGAGUUUGAACUGGACUUUAUGGCACUCAAGGCGCCGUUGGUGCUUUACAUCCUCGACCAGCGGCUAUCCAAAAUUCCCGGCUCGACGGGCGUCCUUCGCAUCAUAUCCAGCAUCGUCUCCUCAUCCAACAUCUCCAACUUCGACUUCAAGAAGACUUGCCUCUCUGUCGAAGCCUUCCGCCAGUCCUGUGAGAAGAAGAGCCAGUACAACCCAGAUGAGCUCUGGGACCAGUGGGUGUUUGGCGCUGGCUGUCCGAAACUUAUGGUGAAGCAGAGAUUCAACAAGAAGAAUCUCAAUGUCGACAUCACCAUAACCCAAGCUCAAGAGUCAAACGAGCCGAAACCCCUCACCAGGGACGAGUUUUGGAGAGAGCUGCAGGAGAAGAUUCACGACGUCCGACCAGGAGAGACCCCCAAGCUCUUCACAGGCCCCUUCACUAUCAGGAUUCAUGAAGCAGACGGUACACCUUAUGAGCAUUACCUCUCUAUCACUGAACGAGAUAGAAACGGGACCACUCUGUCGAUUGCGUACAAUACGAAGUACAAACGACUAAAGCGGACCAAGAAGGCUCAAGCUGCUGCCGUCAACACCACGGACAAGCAUGAUGUGCAAGAGGACGACGUCAUCUACUUCAACAUGCUGGGCGACGUGUUGACAUCGGACAAGGACGUUCAGAACUGGGGCCUCCAAGACUGGGCGGACGGGGUCCAGACGCAAAUGGACCAGGAAUCCUACGAGUGGAUUCGGUUCGACUGCAACUUUGAGUGGAUUUGUGAGACAAUGACCGACAUGCCCGGCUACAUGUACCUGGCUCAGUUGCAACAAGAUCGGGAUGUGGUGGCUCACCAAGAUGCGUUGCUGUUUUUUAAGAGAGGCAAGCGACAUGGAGUGGCCGCGACCAUCGAGACAAGGGCUGUCUACGACCGACGGUAUUAUCAUGGCAUCCGCACCAUGGCCGUCGACGAUCUCACCAAGCAAGCCGACCCCGACCUCAACUAUAUCGGGCUUGCACAGCUCAUUUUAGUCUUCCGGCAUUUUUUCUGCGAUAAGAUCGUCGGAAAAGCCGGGAGUGUUAGCUUCCCUCCCUCGCCCAACGACUUCCGCGACAAGGCGCAAUAUGCGGUUCAAUCUGCGAUCCCUGGCGCAAUCGCGCGGACUAAAGAGAAGGGCCGAUGCUCCAAGGACGGGCGUAGCUUUCUCUUGGAUCUGCUCCUCUUCAACGAUAACUCGCAGAAUGCCUUCUCGGACCAGUUCUAUAUUGCCAAGCUUCUCGACGCUCUCACGACGUCUCUUAUCCCAGAGAAGAUGGUAACGGAGGGGAACCUGCUCGCCAAUCUUAACAUGGAUGACGAGGAUGAUGUUGAAUUCAAAAGUUUCAUCGAGAAUACGAUUGAGGAGAUCGACAAGUAUCGUCGCAUGGACGAGUGGACCUCUACCCACCAGAACAUUUGGACAACGACAGCCCUGAACUGCAAAAUGAGGCUGAUGAAGGCUCGCGUCAUUCCUACCGCGCCUAUUGAAUUCGUGCAGUAUCUGCAGGAUGACAACAUCGACCUAGUUCGUCUCAAGGCUUUUGAGUGCCUGGUCGAGCUGGGGAUGCUUGCCAAGGCGCCCAUCUUAAGGUUGCUUCUUUCUUGUCUGGGCACCGACACGUCCCCAUUCGUUCGGGACCGCCUAUUCAAGAUAUUCUGCAAAGGGGUUGCCGAUAUAGCUUUUGGCGAGGCCAAAAUCGCCCCCGAACCCCAGAAGGAGGUCGAAGAUGACGAGAGCGGGCUAAUCAUCGAACGAGAUGAGGGCGAGGCUCAGCAGAAACAGCUUGGUGCUGACAGGAGAGACGACAUCACUCAGGCCCUUCGUGCGCUCAAGCACGAACUCGGUAACGACGAGCUGGCAAGGAUUCCAGAGCUGACCAUUGCCAUGUGGCGGGCCGUGGAGUCCUCGACCAUUGGCGUCAGGGAGAAGUGCCAGCUUCUGGAUCUCUGCUCGGCCAUGUUUGAACCCGAGGAUUCCCUCCUCAUCACUCUGAAAUACCCCAAGUACUGGAAGUGUGCACGGGAGCCCAUCGUUCACAAGCCGGCAGUGGUUGGCGUCGCCGAGCCACGGCCAAACAAGAAGCGCCUGCUGGUUCGCUUCACGCCACAGUACCGCACGGAGCCGCGGGUCAAGGCGGUCAUAGGGCUACCUCCUCCCGAGUUGCCGGCACCUGAGAUCAAGCCGCCUGAGCCAAAGAAGAUUAAGUUGAGCACCAAACUCUCUUUCAGCGGUUCUUCAGCCGGUGGCCCGCCUACCCCGUCUCUUCUCGGGCGGAAGGAUUCAAUCUCGGUCACGAUGCCACGGCCUGGCGCAUCUGAUGUAUCUGGCCUCGCAGCUGUGGCAAUCCCCAAGUCAUCGUUGGAUUCUAUCGCUGUGCAGCCGGUGACGCGACUAUCGACACCUCUGGCCAUCGGCCCGCCUAGUCAGUCGCUGAACCCGCCCGUAAAUGGCCCCGCAAAGCCGGUAGAAAAACGGCCGAAGCCACCCAAGCGAAAGAGCGAGGACAGCGAGAACAUCCAUCGGCCGAAGAAGAUUAUCAAGACGGAAAACGGUCUGGCACACAUCCGACCAAGAAAAAUCGUCACUCUUCGGUUUUCGUCGUGGGACAAGCUUCCCCGCAAGAUUCGCGACAACAUGGCGCAGGAGCGCCGGGGUCCAACGGGAUCGGGGACCAUUGUGGCGACCCCUACGGCUAGGCGCCUUGCAGCGCCUAACCGCUCAGCUUCGCCUAGUGUUUUGGGAUCUCCAAUCUUGGGGUCGUUUGCCUCAAACUCUCGGCCCACAUCGGGACCCAAGGAGAAAUCUUCGUCUAGCAAACAACGCAAGCCGUUGCCCUCGUCCGCGCCUCACUUAUCUUCCCCGGCACAGGGAGCAACCUCGAAUGCUGCGACCUCGAACGGGACCUCUACCCCUGCACCUGCCGCAGCCACACCAGCCCCUCCGAAGAAGUCCAUUAUCAAGCUUAAGCUGAUAGCGCCCUCACGAGCCUCGCCCUCUUAG